CCUUCGCUGAUGUCUGGGUUGACUGGGACGGAAUGGAUCACUGAAACUGCUACAUAAUCGGUAAGGUUAGCUCUUAACGAUACUGGUUUUUGUUGCUUUGGUGAUGGCUUUCGCUCUUCAUGUCGUGGGAGUUACAAGCUGCUGAAGAGCCAAGUCAGCUGACGAUUAUGUUUCGUUUCUUACUUGGAUUGCUCUUCAGCGCCCUUCGAGAGGCGUUCUUUCCAUCUACUUUGUUUCGAUGGUCAAACACAAAUAGACCUGAUGAGGAUUUCGCGCCUAUCACCCACCGAGUUCAUCUGCAUCACGUCAACCACUUUGCUGACACCGCUAAUGCUGUGCUCAAUUUGUCCUUACGCGAAUAGUCCGGCUACUUUGUCUGUCUUAUCCAUGCUUGCACGCAAUCACUCAAUGAAACUGCGAACUUUACAGAUUGCCUCCAGCAAUAAUGUAUCUGGGUU